ACGUGUUUUGUACCCGAAAAUUAAAAACUGAUUUUUAUUUUAUAAAAGUACUAUUUUAACAAUGGUAUCUGUAAAACAAGUAGUACCAAAACACCCAAAGGUGAAAAACAUAAAGAAAACCUCCAAAGUUGAGAAAGUAAAGAAAACAAACUUAGUAAAAGAAGGUGUUGAAGAACAAUGCAUGCAACAAAAACUUCAUAAAGUAGUGCCUCAAACAGCUGUACUUAAGCCAGUAGUUAAGAAGAAAGUUAAAUAUGCCAUGCCAUCAAAAAGCAUUACAGAAAACCUCGUCACUUCAUGUCUAAACGCAUUACAACAGUUGGCUGUCCAUUACCAAAAAAAGAACACGAUUUUCGAAGAUGAAACGCCGAUCUUUGCGGAAAUUAAAUGUAUUAAAAUCCAGAACUCUAAGGGGGCCAUAAAAUUUAUACUGCCACACAGCACAGUAGCGACAACAGGUGAGAUAUGUCUUAUUACACCAGACUUAAAGAAAGGGAGAAAAGUUGACCAUGAACCCACUGUUGACCACUGGGAAGAUAAACUCAAGGCUGCUGGAGUUAGUGCUGUAAAAACAGUCCUCCCGAUGCGACAGCUCAGAGUAGAAUAUGACCAGUAUGAGCUAAAACGCCGCCUUCUGACUCAACAUGACUUCAUAUUGGUCGACACUAGGGUGCUAAAUCAUGUGUCACACUUAUUAGGCAAAAUAUUCUUCAAAAAACACAACAUGCUUAUUCCAGUCAGAAUUAAUGAAAAAGGAAACCUAAAGAAGGACAUUGAUAUUGGUUUAAGAACUGCCAUGCUACGGUUGAAUGAAGGGGCUACAUCUGCUAUAUUGAUUGGACACACAGGAAUGAAACUAACGCACUUGAAAGAAAAUAUAAUGGCAUUGGUUAAACAGUUACAGGAAAAGUAUCCAGGUGGAGAGGCAAAUAUUAGAUCCAUUUCUUUAAAGUUUCCUUUAUCAUUGUCUCUACCCUUGUACCUAACAUUACGGUCAUCUAGUGUAGUGACUGCGCCAAAACUAAAGCAUAAAAAACCUAAACAUUUCACAGUAGUGGAAGAUGAACUAUCAACCAUUCUUGGUAGCACUGUACGUGUGGCUCCUGAUGGCACAGUGCAUGUUAAGAAAUCCAAGGAUAGCCUAAGUGAUGAGGAAAAUAUGGAUCAUGAUGGGGAUAAUGAAGAAGCUGAACAGAAAAAUGAUUCAGGCAAUGAUGAAUAAUGAAUAAGGCUCCUUAU